AUGCCGGAAUUCUCGGCGACGCCUGCGACGAACAUACCUGCCAAGCAGAAGGCUGUCCGAAAUCACGACGACUCAAACGACCGUAUUGCUGCGAACAUUCCUGUCAGUGGUCUGGUCGACUCCCCUGCAACCAAGCCCAAACGGGCCGGGUUCAGGGGAAGUCCCUACUGCGAGACUCACAAAUGCGGGGCCGAGACCUGCCCGGCGCCUGUCAUGUCGAAGAUUGACUGCUUCUGCGACCAUCACAAAUGUCGGUAUAACGGCACCGACUGUCUAGGCGGAUGGACAAAAACACCACCUUACUGCCAGGACCACACCUGUGCCCACGACGGCUGCAACGGUCCGAUCCGUCGGGGUGGGAAGUACUGUAUUGAGCACACAUGCGCGCUACGGCUGGAGGGUCAACCCUGCACGCUGGAACGGAAACCCGGCGGCCAGUUUUGUGUUGAGCACAGCUGUUCUAAAUGUACGGAACCACGGGAAUCGCCGGACACGAAGAGAUGUAUUCGUCAUCGCAAGGACGAUAUCCACUUCGUCUAUGCCCCACGGCACUCGAAAGCGGAUGUGAAGGAAGCGAAGGAAACCAAGGAACCUAAGAAAAAGCCCAUGGCUGCCCGUGACGGGUCCGGACCCGAGAAAGAACACAGACAUAAAGACUCUAAAACCCGCCAUCUGAGUCCACGGAGAGCCAAGGCCCAGGCUCAGGCCCAGGCGUCAACGGUGGCAGCAGCAGCGACGAAAGUAAAACACAUACAGCCGCCAAAUAUGGAACUGGGUGUCAAGGGUACUCCGUUCGCAGCACUCGCAGCAGGACCAGGAGGCAAGCACAACCUCGGGUUGAUCCCACAGCAAUUCCGAGACGAUCCCAAUCACUCUUUGGCUUACUUGUAUGGUUUCCGCGACGCAUGCCUCCACAUGGCUGGUGUGACGACGGAGCAGAUAGCCAUGGUGCGGCCAUUAUCUCCGUCGAGGCACAUUGCCGACAUCGACGGUCCGAGGUUUACGAAUCUAGACGACGAAAAGGAAUGA